GGGGGGAUGGGAUUUCAAUUAAAAAACCAAAACAUGGAAACAAAACGAUUAUUUCCCAAUUUACUACCUAAUUGAAAAACUAUUAUUUUAUUAUGUGCAGGAGUGUUUAAUAUUUAUUUAUAAAGAUGGCAACUGGUGGUAAAAGUGCAGAUUACAAUAAGUUAAGUGAAAUCAAUGCAUGUUAUCAAAACUCUAUGACGUUCGUUGGGAAUGCUCUGGAAGCUGAUGAAAAUGGAAAUACAAACCUUGCUGUUGAAAUUUAUAUGAAGGCUUUGAAAUUUUUAGAAGAUGGAGUAAGGGUGGAUAUUACUGGGCCAGAAUAUGUUGGAGCCGAAUGGUCAGUUGCAAAACGUCAACAAGAAAAUAUGCUUAAAGCACAAGUAAAAACAAAGCAAAGACUUUAUGAUAUUCAGGAAUCUAAUGCAGAUGCUCAUAGUCAUAACAACUCACCGGAUGUUCCUACUUAUUCUUCAGCAUUACCAGAAGGUCAUAAAUCAUUAUCUUUCGCAGCGGAGGAAAUGUAUGACAUGUCUGGUGCUUCGGAACUACUUGCCAUCCCAAGCGGUGUCCAGAUAUUUUUCGUAUCUGCGGAUCAAGAAGUAGGGACGACCCCACCAUCUUAUCCUACGUUCUUGAAAGUCCAUGUUCUAGAAAGCACUGGACAAGCAUUUGUGCAAGUUUCGGAUUGGAUUUACCCUCUUGUAAGCGGUGAGACACCGGCGUUAAAAAUGUCAAAUGGUGCUUAUGUGUUUCCGAAUCGCACAUCUGGUGGCAUAUCGCCUGGUUCCAUUGGCAUAGUAAUAUCUAGUGAAAUAGAUCCAGGGUUGGUAGAAACAUUCGAGAAUAUUCUGCAGAAUUUGGCACUGUUUCGUUCACAAGAAACUACUGAAGGAGAAGACGUUUUGAACUUGUCUGAUUCCGUACAUGUUACGGAGGAAUCGUCUAUAAGUGAUAAAAUUGUUGGUGGUAUACAAACGGGUGCUGAAUGGUUGAGUUACGGACUCAAUAAGGGAGCAGAAAUUACAACAGAUCUGGUAAAAAAGGGGUCAAAUAAAUUGAAAGAAGGUAUAACACCAAAUGAUGAGCCUUCUACAGUAAACCCAACUGUUAAAAAGGGGUUAUAUUACACCCAUGAAGCAUCAAGAGCAACUGUUAAAGUCAGUAGGUUUUUGGUCGAUGGUCUAUGUGCUAUAACAAGCAAAGUGAGUCAAGAAAUUGCCCCACAUGUUAAGGAUUAUAGUAAAAAAGUUUUACCAGAUUCAGUAACAUCAAAAGACCAAAAAGGAGAAUCUAAAAUGGAUGGCGUGAUCAAAGUUGCUGGUGCUGGACUGGCUGGAUUCGGUACAGUCUGGGCAGAACUGGAAAAAUCCGGUUUAGCUAUUGCACGAUCAGUUUCAUCUGCCACAGUAGAGAACGUCCAGCUGAAAUAUGGCCAGGAGGCUGGUACUGCUACAAGCCAUGCAAUGGGAUCAGUUGUUAACGUCGGCAAAACCGCAUUCAAUCUCGAUAAUCUUGGACUAAAAGCGAUUGCAAAAAGAGCUGCAAAGGACACAGGAAAAGCUGUUUUAAAAGAAUAUUCAGCAGAAGCAAAAGAAGAUAAUUCAAAAUGUUCAGAAUCAAAUAUGUUAAAUGAUAAGCCUAAUAAACAUUGACCAGAAUUUGUUCAUAGUAAAUUAUUAUCUUUCUUUAAUCAUAAAGUUCCUUUUAUAUUCCAUAUAGCUAUUAUAGUCAGUUUUCUUUUUUUUCAACUGAACGAUGUUACUCAAAAUACAUUCAUCUCUGAUCAAGUUACUGACGUUCUAGAAUAUAAGGUGCUCCGGUGAAUGCAUAUUGACACAAGACUUGAAGAAGUUUAUAGCCAAUUAUGGUUCAGUGAUGCCCACUAACAGAAGGAAUUUCCUCAUCCACUGCUGUUUGUUUUGAACAUUCUUGACAAAGCCUAAUGGCUAGUUAGGCAAAAAUGAUAAGUCUCUUAAGGAGAUGAUAUAUGAAUAAUGGUUUGCCAUAUGGUUAAUCUGAACUAAUUUGUAGUUUUUUUCUUGCUGUUGAGUUUAGUAUAAAAAUUGGAUAUGGAGUCUGCUUAGCAACUGAGCAGUGAUUCAUUCGAGUAGGAUCUUAUUGUAUUUAUUCCAUAAUUUUCAGGUCUAUCCACAUUUAUUUGUGCUGGCUAUGCUGCUCUUCCUUUUAAUAUAGAAACAGUACUUGUAUACACAAAUGUUACUUUAUAAAAAGUUUGCUUCAUCUUGGUCAAAUAUUGCAUAUCCAUGUCUAGCAAAUAAUCCCUUAUGCAUUUCGUUGGGUUUUCCAACAAAACACACAUCAAUACUUUGGCGAUAUAAACUUGAACUUCGUUGAAAUAUUUUAAAAGCAGAUUUUCUUUAUUGAUUUUGUCCCAAGAUGAUUAACAGCUAUAUAUUGCAAUUACCAAAACUCUGAAAUGGUGAUCAAUUUGUCUUUCAGCUGCAUGGGAAACACAAUUUUAGGGGUUGAACAGAUGUGGAUAAAGAUAUACUGUUCAUAUGAAACGCCUAACUUUGAACGCUGCUUUCUACUGUCUUUAUCAAUUUAUUGUUUCUCAUAAUUUCCUCAAAAUUGCACUUUGUUUAUUGUUGUACUAAACAUCUUGAAUAUAAAAGAAAAGACGAAAAGUUAUAUUCGUUGGUGAAAAAUUUUACCACUGACAUGUUUUACUGUGCUCAAUAGAACAGGGGCAUUUCAAGAGAGACAUUUCAAACUUCUGGUCCAAACAUGCCUGAGGAAUUGUAAUCAUAGAUCAAACACUGAACAAGAAAGAAUUUGGCCGAAACUGAGAGUAAGGUGAAUUGGAUAGGUGCAGAACAAUGGUUAUUUAUGGUGGCAAUAGGAACGAUUCUAGAAGACUCGCAUGUGCAAGAGUUUGUAUAGUCUGGGUAAAAAUACCAGGUGCCCUUUUUGAUAUGGCUUGAAGUUGAGUAUAAAUUUUCACAGCCCUGGGUCUGACUAGCACAUUUUCUCUAUACCUAGUUUACGAAGAUAUCAAUCUGGAUAAAUCCAUGGGGUGGCAAAAAUGUUCACUUUUGGAUCACGUUGUUAUGUCUAAUGAGCAAGCACUGUUAGGCUCGAAUGUCACAUCAAGACACUGAUUUCAAAUAAUAAUAUGGUGCUUCCAUGAGUAUUUAUAUUAUGAUUUAAUAAAAUGCGAUAAUAAAGAAAAUUGCUCAACAAGUGCUGGUAAGAUAUACAGUCAUAAAACGUUUAUAUACUAGUGCGAAUGAAGAGCCCAUGCACAAUCCUCAAAAACAAUUUAAAAACUGCCAAAAAGACAAACUGAUUAGUAGCAAGCUAAUUUUGAAUACAUAAUCAAUACUCAGAAGAGGUGGUGUCAAGUGUCAAGGGAUUUCAACCAGGGACGUAAAUGAAAUUUGUGAUACCUGCACAGUAAAGUUUCACCGCAAGACCAGUGCUUCCCAACCAGUGGGUCGCAAAGCUAAUCAAAAUGAGCCGCAGGUAUUUCCAAAUGUUACAUACAGUUUUCUAUUACAUCGGGAAAUUGUGGCAUUAUUAUUACGAAACAAUUAUAAUUAUGCAUUGCAUCUCGUUAAUAUUUUCAGUUUGGAAACGGCAGGUAGGCGACUAGGCAGAUCAGUAAUUUGUUGAAUUUGUGUGGACAGUAGCUAAGAAGUAAAUAUGCGUUAUUUUAAUACCCUAACUUUGUUUGACACCCUAACAAAGUAAAAGGAAAGCUUGUCUGAUUACAUCACAUUUGAGGCAUGGUAUUGCUUUGAGCCAAAAGCACAAUUUGCUGAGUGUUAAAGCUGCGUUGCGUGUGAGCUCGUCUCCAAUCAAGCCUUGACUUGAUCUGAUAAUAUACAAUAUGCAAGCUCAAGUUUCGCAUUAAUAGUAAAUUGCAUGGGGAUACAUUGUUCCUUUUAUCAUAUAUCAACAUCUCAUUGUGGGUCGCACAAAGAAA